AUGUUUCUCAGAUUCUCCUGGCUUUUGUGGAUACUUGAACACCAUGAGACUUUAGCAGAAAAUCUCAGGGAAGAAAGAAGAUAUGGAUUGAAAAGAUCAAAACCUGAACACAUUAUGUCAAAUACUGUAAAGAAAUAUCCCAGCCCAAGUGAUCAAGAUGAAGACUGCAUUCUGGAAAUUUCUUUUUUACUGGACAGCUCUGAAAGUGCUAAGGACUAUAAUCAUGAACAGCAGAAAAAAUUUGUACUGCAAACAGUAGACAGAAUGAAAAGACUACAGCUUAGUUCUGGACGUACCCUUAGCUGGAGAAUGGCCUUACUUCAGUACAGCAGCACUGUUUCCAUAGAGCAAACUUUUCAUGACUGGAAAGGUCCUGAAGCAUUCAAAUCCCACAUUGCUCCCAUCACCUACAUAGGUCAUGGCACCUACACAACUUAUGCUAUAACUAAUCUUACACAACUCUACGUGACUGAAGGCACUUCAGGUAGUGUGAAAGUAGCCGUGCUUUUCACCGAUGGAGUGGACCAUCCAAGAAACCCAGAUAUUUUUGCAGCUACAGCUGAUGCUAAACACCAAGGAAUUAUAUUUUUCAUAAUGGGAAUGACCAGAAUGGCUGAGGAAAUUAGCAAUGCUGCCAAGCUCCGGCUCCUGGCCAGUGUCCCAGCAUCCAGGUUUGUUUUCAACCUCCAGGAGAAAGAAACUGUGGAGAAGGUUCUCAAAGAAAUGAAAGAUCUGUCUGAGGAAGGGUGUCCCCAGGUUGCCACAUGUAACUGUGAGAAGGGAGAAAGAGGCCUUCCUGGCCCUGCUGGUAAAAAGGGUCGCACUGGGGACGACGGAGCUCCAGGUCUGAAAGGAGCAAAGGGGGAGCCAGGUCUUAAUGGAAUCCCAGGACAAGAUGGAAUAGAGGGGAAAUCUGGAUAUAAAGGAGAGAAGGGUGAAAGAGGUGAAUGUGGAAUCCCAGGAAUAAAAGGAGACACAGGUCCUGAAGGUCCAGUAGGCCAAAGAGGAAUAAGAGGCCUACAGGGUCCACAAGGACAACCUGGAGAUCAAGGGCCUGAAGGCCUGCAAGGAUCAAAGGGUGAAAGAGGUCUCCCUGGGCCACCUGGCUUGCCUGGAGAGACUGGAAUAGGACUUCCAGGCCCAAAGGGUGACACCGGUUUGACAGGAAGACCAGGCCCCAUUGGGCCACCUGGAGUUGGUGAGCCAGGAUUUAUGGGGCCUCAAGGACCACAAGGAGUUCAAGGAGAAAGAGGUUCACCAGGAGAAGGGCUUCCAGGAGCGAAGGGCGACCGUGGUUUUGAUGGACCAAAAGGCCCUCGUGGACUUCCAGGCAUCAGCAUAAAAGGUGAAAAGGGUGAAUUUGGUCCACCUGGUUUACCUGGACCAGUUGGAUUACCUGGAAUUGGAAUUCAAGGAGAGAAGGGAGUAGAAGGCCCAAAAGGACCACCUGGCUCUAGAGGGCUACCAGGACAGGGACUACCUGGACCAAAGGGUGAACAAGGCUUGCCUGGAGAGACUGGAGUGCCAGGAGAAAGAGGUAUUGGAGAACCUGGUUCUAAGGGUGAGCCAGGGCCUUCAGGACUGGCAGGUCUGCCUGGUCUUCCAGGAGAAGAUGGAGCCCCUGGACAAAAGGGUGAACCAGGGUUACCUGGUCUUAGAGGUCCUGAAGGUGCUCCAGGGAUUGGAAUACAGGGGGAAAAGGGAGAUCAAGGUCAGAGAGGAAUACGUGGAUUAACAGGACCAGCAGGAGUGCCUGGACCUCCUGGAGCUAAAGGAGAGCCUGGUGCACCAGGACGUCUUGGAAUGCCAGGCCCUCCUGGAAGAGCUGUGCCUGGGCCAAAGGGUGACAUUGGGUUACCUGGUCUUGCUGGACCAAUUGGAGAACCAGGUUUUGGACUUCCUGGGGCAAAGGGUGACCAAGGCCUUCCAGGACCCCCGGGGCCCUUUGGGCCAAAAGGAGAUGGUUAUCCCGGCCCACCUGGCUUGCCAGGCCUCCCUGGGAUUCCUGGUGAACAAGGCCCAGAUGGAGUUGGACUACCAGGACCUAAGGGUGAUCCUGGUAUUAGAGGACCAGCUGGCCUCCCCGGGCCACCAGGAGAAGGUUUGCCAGGACCAAAAGGAACCAUAGGACGCCCAGGGCCACCUGGCUCUCUGGGACCUCCUGGUGAAGGUAUUCAAGGAACUAAGGGGGAACAAGGAAUUCAAGGAAUGCCAGGACCACGAGGCCCUCCUGGAGAUGGGCUUUUAGGAGAGAAGGGAGAUCGAGGAGCUACAGGUGACAAGGGGAAAAAAGGAGAAAAAGGUGAUGUGGGUGACCCUGGUUUAUCUGGAGAACCCGGCAAAACUGGACCAAAGGGAGAGCAAGGUCUAACAAGAGAAGAUAUAAUUAAAUUAAUUAAAGAGAUAUGUGGUUGCGGUAUUAAAUGUAAGGAAAUUCCUAUGGAGCUUGUAUUUGUGAUUGACAGCUCUGAGAGUGUGGGACCAGAAAAUUUUGAGAUUGUCAAAGACUUUGUAACUGCUUUAGUAGACAGAGUAACUGUAGGCAGAAAUGCUACUAGAAUUGGCCUUGUGUUAUACAGUUUAGAAGUUCAACUAGAAUUUGGUCUCAACAAAUAUACAACUCGACAGGAUGUUAAGCAAGCAAUUAGAAAAAUGCAAUACAUGGGAGAAGGCACUUACACAGGAACUGCUAUCCGUAAAGCAACCCAGGAAGGAUUCCUCGGUGCUCGAGCAGGAGUGCGGAAAGUAGCUCUUGUGCUGACAGAUGGCCAAGCAGACAAGAGAGAAGCUGUAAAACUAGACACUGUCGUUCGAGAGGCUCACGCGGCAAACAUCGAAAUGUACGCAGUAGGAAUUGUAAACACUUCGGAUCCAACACAGGCCGAGUUUGUGCGUGAGCUAAAUCUGAUUGCUUCAGAUCCAGACACAGAACACAUGUUUCUCAUUGAUGACUUUAACACCCUUCCAGCUCUGGAGUCCAAAUUAGUAAACCAAUUUUGUGAAGAUGAACAUGGUACCUUAAUAUACAACCGUAAUGGAAAUGGUGCAAGUAUAAGUGGUUCAUAUUUCCAUUCAGUAUCUCCAAGUUCAUAUUUCCAUUCAGUAUCUCCACUUCAGAACCACCAUGUUAACAGACAACCACUUUCAGCACAGACACCUGGAGUAUCUACAGUAGAAAGUCCUCUGAGUCUUGGUGAUCUUCCUCAUCCAUUAGCUCCGACCAAAUUACCUCCUGUGGUAGUAUAUGAAGCCUAUGAAGAGGAACAAGAGGAGAAACAGUUACCCUUCCUAACAGCAGACACUAGAGAAAGUAUCCUGGACCUCCGGUGCAAGUUAAGGUUGGAUCCAGGGCCAUGCCGUGUUUAUAUGAUAAAAUGGUAUUAUGAUAAACAAGCCAAUGCUUGUGCUCAGUUUUGGUACGGUGGCUGCGAUGGAAAUGCAAACCGCUUUGAGAGUGAAGAGGAAUGUAGAGAGGCUUGUGUAUUUUCUUCUGGAGAAAUCUGAUAUUUGCCAAGAAUUGUGCAAUGAAGACUUCACUUCU